AUGCCGCCUGCCAAUGCUGCCCUCAUCGCCUUGUGGUACCGCCUGUUCUUCCUCUACAUUGAACCUGUCGCUACAGCCGUCGGUGCUUACUAUGCUUGGUUUCAGCAACAUGAGUACCUUGACAUGACAUACGCCUCGGCUUCGGCCGUUUCUCUCGGUCCAUCCGCCCGCGAAAGCAUCGUUCUGAGUCAACUCGCAAAUAUGUACGCUGUAUUUGCACUAAACGAAGCCCUUGUCUUACGCUCUACCACCAACCUUCGCGUCUGGAGAGUGUUUCUCUUCGGCCUCUUGCUUGCCGAUUUCGGUCACAUCUACAGCGUCAAAGACGUAGGACUUGACAUCUAUUGGCAAUUCUGGGACUGGAACUCGAUGUAUUGGGGAAAUUUGGGUUUCGUCUACGUGGGAGCUGCUACCAGAAUUGCUUUCCUCUCUGGGCUCGGCGUUUGA